CCUCUAUAAAAACACUUCCGUCAGACUGUGUUCACUGGAACAGCAACAAGCAGAGGACAGCAUCUUACAUCUUUUCUCACAAAAGGGUGUGAAAACCAGCAGAUCCAGCUGGCAACAGGCGUGAAGAUGGCUGGCCUGGGCUGGAUGGCUGUGGUGCUGGCCUUCUUCCUGUCUCCUCCAAACAGUUUGGCUGCUGUGGAACAGACGUGGCUCACAAGUAUUGUAGAAGGCAUCAAAAAUGAGUAUGCACUUGGUGACACCUUCAGUCUGGCUGUGAACAUCCCACAGAAUCAAGAUCCAAACAAUCUCAAGGAAGUCCUUCAAGCUGACCCAGCAGACAAAGUGAAAGAAACUGUUGCAAACGGUCAAGUGUACAAAGGCACCAGAGUGGUUGCAGCCACGCAGGCAGAUGCAGUGUCACGUGUUCUUGAAAACCUAGAGCCGCUUACACAAAGCAGUCAAGACAAUGUCCUCAUAAUCUACUCUGAAGGGCCCCCAGAUGCAAAUGGUAUUGCUACCAAGAUUAAUGAUGUCACUCAGAAAUGGAGCAGUUAUGCCUUUGCCUUUUCUAAAGUAGCUGAUGUUCCUGAUGCUGACACAUCUCAGCUGGCUCAAUCCUUCCAACAACUUGACAUUUCCAAACUCGGGCUUGACAACAUAUUCCGUUGUUAUAAACCAGGGGAUGAUGCUUUUCAGUGCACCAGCUGCUCCUCAGGUGGAGAUGUUACACCCUCAUGUGUGACAAAUACAGCUCCAUCAACUCAACAGGAAGGUGCAGGUGCAGAAACAAGUACAUCUGCACCAGGCACUGGAGUAGACACCGGAGCAGGCACUGGUGAAGGUGGUACUGAAGGCACUGGUGUAGGUGGUACUGCAGGCACUGGUGAAGGUGGUACUGAAGGCACUGGUGUAGGUGGUGGUGUGGCUGCUGGUGUAGGUGCUGGUGCUGGUGCUGGCAUAGGCACUGCUAUAAGCGCUCGUAGACAAAGACGGAAGGGGAAAGCUGGCCGACUUCGGAAGUGCCGAGGCCGUGGAUGCAAGCGUGGACGAGGUGGUAGACGGAGAAAAGGUGGUAAGGUUAGAAAAUGGCAAAAGAGAGGAGGGAAGGGAAGAAAACGCGGUAAGCUUCGCAGAGGUGGCAAAGGUAGAAAAAAAGGCAAACGUGGAAGAGGUGGCAAACGUAAAAGAGGAGGCAAACGUAAAAGAGGUGGCAAACGUAGAGGAGGUGGCAAACGUAGAAGAGGAGGGAAGCGUAGAAGAGGUGGCAGGCGUAGAGGCAGAAAACAGCAACUGUAAGCACCUCUAAGUCGGAGUAACUGCCCAAAUAAUAGUCUCUGCUUCAUAAAAGUGCAUUUAUUUCUUGUUUCUCUUUUCUGUUUCUCUGCCUUUUGAAUGAUAGUUGUGCAUUUCACUUUUUAGCCAAUCAAGCCAUCCAUCCAUCAGACAGACAUCCAAGCACAUUCACAUUCACACCGACGACUAAUUUAGAAUCACUAAUUAAGCUGGGCGUGUCUUUGGACUGUGGGAAGAAGCCGGUGAGAGCCCACGCUGCAGAAGGAGAACGUGCAAACUCCACCAAAAGAUUUAAGGGAUCGUCUGGCUAUGAGGUCACAGUGCUAACCACUGUACACCGUGCUGCCCACCACCAGCGAUAUUAACCCAUGAAAUAUCAGGACCAACAAGUUAGUGCUGUGUGUGAAUCUGAAGCCGGAUAUAUUUCACUCCUCUCAGCCAUAGAGCUCCACUGUGGUUCAAAAGCUAUUAGAAGACAUCAGUGUGCUACAUUGUGUUUUUCAUGAUGCAGUUCAUUUUAAAUUAGUCAUACUAACUAAAACACCAAAUAAAAAUUCCCGCACUGGAGCAAAACCACAAUGCUCACUACUUUUUUAAUGAAACAAUAUAUGUUUGUAAAGUUUUUUGUUGUUUUUCCAGUAAUUUUCUUAAUUUUGAAUUUUACAUGACAUAAUUAAAGCAAAGAAAAAAUGAUUCGAUGUAAAUCCACAUCAAUAUUUACAGUACUUCUGUCAUAUUAUUCUGUACUUGUACAGCAUAUUAUGAAAUCAUCUGAUGUUCUGUCCUUUCUCAUUAAAGCUUGGCUCAGCAUCCA